AUGAAUUUUUCUCCAAUAAAAUUGUUUAUUAUUGGAAGAAACCGUCGUCUAAUACUAUUUGUCUGUGGAAUAAUUAUCUUAACAUUGAUUUAUUAUUCUGAACAAAUCCUCAUAUCUUCACUAGUGUAUGUUGAAAUACGAAACUUAGUUGUUUCUCAACGAAAUCUUUUAUCUCCGCAUGUGAAUAUCAUUGAUUUGCAAAAAGAAAGUCGAGAGAAUUUCUCGUGUAUCAAAACGAAGCGAUUAUUAAACAUAACACAAACGACAAUUUGUCUUCAUGAUAUUCGUGAUGCGGUGAGUAGACAAAUUGCAGAAGAAAAAGUUUGGGAAGAAAAACUUCUUACUCAAUUGUUGAUCGUUCUUCAACGAUACCCUCAGAUGAACUUUUUCGACGUUGGAGCAAAUAUUGGAUCGUACACAAUGUUCGUCGCGUCACUCGGAAGACAAGUGAUUGCAAUCGAAUGUUUCAAACCAAAUAUCGAUCGAAUUCGAAAAGCAAUUCAAAUCGAAAAUGUAGAAAAAAAUGUGAUUUUAAUUGGGAAUGCAAUUCAUGAGGAAACUGGUCGAUAUUUCAAAAUGACAUCGGAUCCUGAAAAUGUCGGUUCACAAGCUGUUCUUCCGAAAACAAUUGUUCAACAAACAGAAUAUGACGAUAUUUAUGUGGUGAAGACGAUUCAAUUCGAUGAAAUUUUACCUAUUUUGAAAAUAAGAAAUGUUCGACAGGCAAUUAUGAAAGUGGAUAUUCAAUGGGCAGAGAUUUAUCUUUGUCAAACAGGAAAUAAAACAUUCGAAUAUGUGAAUAUUCCUGUGAUAUUGAUGGAAUGGGAUCUCGGUUCACGUUUAUUUGAUCGAUUCGAUAGUCUUUCGAAAUGUUUCUUUAAUCGAGGUUAUUUCGCCACUUCAGAUCUAUGUCGUCUUUUACCAAAUAGUGAAGCUUUGAAAACAUGGCCAGCGGAUAUUUAUUGGAUGAAAAUGAAUUUAACUGGAAUUUGCUAA